AACGCGAAUGAACGUGACGUAGUAAACGUCAUCACCAACACUCUUUGUCAUUGGCUGAAUGUGAAUCUUGAAAUGUCCUAGAAUGACGCGCUUACCAUUUGUAUAUCCCUACGCGCACAAAGGAGCCAGGGUCAUUGCAUCGUCCCUAUCACGUCGCUGUCGGCUGAUAGAAUAAUAGUUCAUUUCCAGUUUAUUUAUAACAAGCAGUGUGACAGCACGGAAACACCAGCAAGCUCCUAGUUUAUACUAUUUCCUAUCCAACGCUAACCUCCCUCAACCUAGGCUUAUUCAAAGGUAAUAUACCGUAUCCUACCUUAUUCUAUCCGAUUCUCUUCCAUCGCAUCCCAUCCCAUCCAAUCUCAUCCUGUUCGUCCGUGACAGGACGCGCAUCCGUGUGUGUUACUAGGCUGUCAGCGCACGUGUGGCGACAAUGAGCGGCACCGUAGCCAGCGCCUUCGCGCAGCUGCUGCAGUUUCUCGGUAGAAACAUCGUCAGCGUCGUGUUGGUCGUCGUCACGGCUCUCGUGUCGUCGUACUACGUGAAGCGACCGCGUGGAACGCCGCCCGGACCCCGCGGCUGGCCCGUCGUUGGCUCCUUUGUCUCGCUGGCCGGCAAACAUACGGGACGUUACCUCCAGCAGCUGAGUGAGCAGUACGGACCGAUAUUCAGCCUCUACAUGGGACCGCAGUUUACUGUUGUCGUCAACGAUGUGGAGCUAGCGAGGGAGGCAUUUCUCAACCAGGGCGAGCACACGGCGGCGCGACCAUUCCACUAUGUGAUGCAACGCUAUGAGGCGGACGAACGUGGUGUUAUGAACGGAAUUGGGUUUAGCAAUGGAAAGCUAUGGAAGGAGCAUAGGAAGUUCGCGCUCACCAAGCUGCGUGAGUUUGGCAUGGGGAAGGUCAGCAUAGAGAAUAAAAUCCAGGAGGAGGCGUCCGCCUGUCUCGCACAUCUAAGCAACACCAAAGGGGAGCCGCUCGAUCCACAGGCUCUGCUCAGCAGUUGUGUGUUGAACGUGAUUGCCUCCAUCAUAUUCGGUGCUCGGUACGACUACGCCGACCCCGCCUUCCUCAGACUUAACAACGACAUCAACGCUAUCUUCCAUGAUACCGACGCACAGGGCAUGCUUAACUUCUACCCUGCGAUGCGUCACCUUCCGGUCUUCAGCCGCAUGCUGAAAAAGAUGGACGCAGCGUACGUAGGGUUGAACAAGGAGCUGCAGAGUAACAUAGGCGAGCACGAAGAGCAGGCGCCGGAGGAAGAGGGAGACGUGAGAGACUACUUAGACGCAUACCUGCUAGCGCAGCGGCAGCGGGCGGGGACAGAUUCAACGUUCACUACUUUUCAGCUGCUCAUGUCUGUGCGUGAUCUGUUUCUCGCCGGAUCGCACACCGUCAUGACGACGCUACGCUGGGGUCUGCUCUUCAUGCUCAAAUACCCUCACGUCCUGCGGAGAGUGCAGGCCGAGAUCGAUGACGUUAUCGGACGAGGAAGGCUACCCUGCAUGGCGGACCAAGACAGCAUGCCGUAUACGCGGGCGACAAUAGCCGAAGUGCAGAGAGUAGCGGAUAUCGUGCCGCUGAAUCUGCCACACUGCACGACCGCCGAGAUACAGCUAGGAGGCUACGUCAUCCCCGCCAGUACGAUGAUCAUUGCUAACCUCACGGCCAUCCUCAACGACCCGAAACAUUUCCCCGAACCGGAGAAGUUCCGCCCGGAGCGCCACCUGGACGAGCGUGGAGACUUUGUGCAGAACGAAGCUCUGAUCCCGUUCUCCAUCGGUCGUCGAGUCUGUCCGGGAGAGGCUCUCGCGCGAGUGGAGCUGUUCAUAUUCUUCACAGGAAUUCUGCAGAACUUCGACAUCAGGCUACCAGAUGGCGUUACUGAUCCGUCUAUGGAUGGAAACUUGGGCUUCGUGUGGAUGGCAAAUCCGUAUCUGUUGCAUUGCGUCGCGCGACAGUAAUCCAAAAUGAUUUCAAAACCUCACGCCGUACGAGUGAUAAACUUGCCGCAUGUUAUCCUACGUUUUAACGUGUACCAAAACUGUGCUAUCCUACGUUUUAACGUGUAACAAAACUGCGUUAUCCUACAUUUUAACGUGUAACAAAAUUGCGUUAUCCUACGUUUUAACGUGUAACAAAACUGUACUAUCCUACGUUUUAACGUGUAACUAAACUGCGCUACCCUACGUUGUAACGUGUGACUAAACUGUACCACCCAACGUUUUAACGUGUAACAAAACUGUACUAUCCUACGUUUUAACGUGUAACUAAACUGUACUAUCCUACGUUUUAACGUGUAACUAAACUGUACUAUCCUACCUUUUAACGUGUAACAAAACUGCGCUACCCUACGUUUUAACCUGUAACAAAAAUGCGCUAUCCUACGUUUUAACGUGUAACAAAAUUGUGCUACCCUACGUUGUAACGUGUAACAAAACUGUACCACCCUACGUUGUAACGUGUAACU